AUGACCAGAUUUGCUCUGUCCUCUAGGGUGGUGAAAUUCCGUCGCACGGGCGAGAGUGCAAGGUCAGAGGAUGACACGGCUUCGGGAGAGCAUGAGGUCCAGAUUGAAGGCGUCCGCGCGGGCCUAGAGGCUGUUGAGCUGGACGAUGGGGCAGCUGUGCCCAAGGAGUUUGCCAAUCCCACUGACGAUACUUUCAUGGUGGAAGAUGCGGUGGAAGCCAUUGGGUUUGGAAAAUUUCAAUGGAAGCUGUCUGUUCUCACCGGCUUGGCUUGGAUGGCCGAUGCCAUGGAAAUGAUGAUCCUGAGCAUCCUCGCGCCACAGCUGCACUGCGAGUGGCGCCUUCCCAGCUGGCAGGUUGCGUUGCUGACCUCGGUGGUCUUUGUCGGCAUGAUGUCCAGCUCCACCCUCUGGGGAAACAUCUCAGACCAGUACGGCAGGAAAACAGGGCUGAAGAUCAGCGUGCUCUGGACUCUCUACUACGGCGUCCUCAGUGCUUUUGCGCCCGUGUACAGCUGGAUCCUGGUGCUCCGGGGCCUGGUGGGCUUUGGGAUCGGAGGGGUCCCCCAGUCAGUGACGCUGUACGCUGAGUUCCUUCCCAUGAAAGCCAGAGCUAAGUGCAUUUUGCUGAUUGAGGUCUUCUGGGCCAUCGGGACAGUGUUCGAGGUCAUCCUGGCUGUGUUUGUGAUGCCCAGCCUGGGCUGGCGUUGGCUGCUCAUCCUCUCGGCUGUCCCGCUCCUCCUCUUUGCCGUCCUGUGUUUUUGGCUGCCGGAGAGUGCGAGGUACGAUGUGCUGUCUGGCAACCAGGAAAAGGCCAUCGCCACCCUAAAGAGGAUAGCGACAGAAAACGGAGCGCCCAUGCCGCUGGGGAAACUCAUCGUCUCCAGACAGGAAGACCGAGGCAAAAUGAGGGACCUUUUCACGCCCCAUUUUAGAUGGACAACCUUGUUGCUGUGGUUUAUAUGGUUUUCCAAUGCGUUUUCUUACUAUGGAUUAGUUCUGCUCACCACUGAGCUCUUCCAGGCGGGAGACGUCUGCAGCCUCUCCAGCCGGAAGAAGGUGGUAGAGGCAAAAUGCAGCCUGGCCUGUGAGUACCUGAGUGAGGAGGAUUACAUGGACCUGCUGUGGACCACCCUCUCGGAGUUCCCAGGCGUCCUUGUGACUCUGUGGAUCAUCGACCGCCUGGGCCGCAAGAAGACCAUGGCGCUGUGCUUCGUCACCUUCUCCCUCUGCAGCCUCCUGCUGUUUAUCUGUGUUGGAAGAAACAUGCUCACUCUCCUACUCUUCAUUGCAAGAGCGUUCAUUUCUGGAGGCUUCCAGGCAGCCUAUGUGUACACGCCUGAGGUCUACCCCACGGCGACGCGCGCACUGGGCCUAGGAACCUGCAGUGGCAUGGCGAGAGUGGGGGCUCUCAUCACUCCGUUCAUCGCUCAGGUGAUGCUGGAAUCUUCUGUGUACCUGACGCUGGCUGUUUACAGUGGCUGCUGCCUCCUGGCUGCUCUGGCCUCCUGCUUUUUGCCCAUCGAGACCAAAGGCCGUGGACUGCAGGAGUCCAGCCACCGGGAGUGGGGCCAGGAGAUGGUCGGCCGAGGGACGCACGGCGCAGGCGUCACCAGGUCGAACUCUGGCUCUCAGGAGUAGCGCCCGAUGCGGGGCUGAGCUGGUCUUUGAGGCUGUAGAGCGCGGGGAGCUACUGGAGCCCAGCCGGGGCACCGACCGUCACUGCCGACAUCAAGAACUCACCGAGGAGGACAACCUGGACCAACAGGGUUUUGUGUCUGGACUCCGUUUGCUCAUAUUCAUCGAGAUCCACGCAGGGAUGGGGAGAUGCUUGCUCCAGGGGUUCUCUGUA